AAUUAAAUAGGCGCCAGAUUAAGGACUUCACCGGUUGUUUAUUUAUUUGCAAGAGUUCAACAUUAUUAUUUGAUAAAGUUUUUACAAAAUUUGAAUUUUCUUUGAGUUAUCUUAUUGAAAAAUAUUAGUGCAUUGCAGUUUAUAUAAAAUAGAUUUGAUAAUAACUUUUAACAUAACCCUUUAACAUACUUAACCUAUAAAAGCCAUGGCGGACGAAGAUUUUAGCAAAUUAUUACAACAAGCAGAACAAUUAACAACUGAAAUCGAAGGCAAUGAAGAACUACCCCGAGUAGAGCGUUCACUUGGUCAAGUACUCGAAGCGUCGCAAGAGUUAUAUUCGAGAGUUAUACAGUCUGGCGCUAACGACAUUCAAGCGCACCUUUUGUUUGGUUCCAAAGGAAUAGAUUUACAACAAAUAUCUCAAAAGUUAGAAACUCUAAGCUCCAAGCGCACUUUUGAACCUUUACAACCGAUUGCAGAUUCAGAUAUUGAAAGUUUUCUAAGAAAUGAAAGAGAAAAUGCCAUAUUGUCAAUUAUUGAUGAAGUUAAUAAAAAUUCUCUUCAAACAACCGAAGAUCAAAAGUGGGAGCACAUGAUGUCUGAAUGGAAUAGAGAGAAAAUAAAAGUGAUGAAUGCAAUGAUAGGACCAUCUCAGAAUUGGUUGGACUUGAAACGCACUCCUGAACCUCCAAGUAUAGCUGACACACCUAAGAAGUUUGGCCAUUCUAUGCUGGAUAAUGUUGAAGUUGCAUAUGCACGGCAGGUGCACCAGUACAAUAAAUAUGUGUUCCAAGGGUCCAAAUCUAGGACAGCACUGCAUCAGAAGUUUGCACAAGCAGCAGAGGAAUUUAAUGAUCCUAAAGUAAAAGAAAUGUGGGAAGUUAUUAAGACAAUGGCUAAUAUCCCUGCUUUAGUCAGGGAUGAAGAUCCUCUCAAAGCAAGGGGCAAUCCUACCAUACAACAAUGUUUGAUUGCACAAGGAAAAAAAUAUUUGGAAAAGAGAUACAAGCAGUAUAUGAGCGACGUGGUCCGCGCUAACCCUGCAGCGGCAAUGCGCGGUGGAGAACCAGGCACUUAUCCUCUAGUACGAGGGUUCGUGGGGCUCCGGCUACAAGGACAAGGCGUGCAAGGCCUCACGGAUGGCGUCAUCGACGACCGUCCGCUGUGGCCGAUGGUCUACUAUUGCUUGCGUAGCGGAGACGCUAAUGCGGCGAUGCAUUGCUUGAGGAAAGCUGGACGAGACCACGAGGAGUUUGUUGCAGCAUUAGAAGAAUACAUAAGAAAUCCUGAGAAACCCCUUAGUGAUAAAGUGCAAACUGCCAUAAAUUUCCAAUAUAGAAUUCAAGUGCGGAACUCCACAGAUCCCUACAAACGAGCAGUGUAUUGUGUGGUCGGUUACUGCGACGCGAGCGAUGAACAUACGGAGGUGGCGCGCACGGCUGAUGACUACCUCUGGUUGAAACUGUCCCUGAUAAAGUCACGCUCGGACACAGAAGGAGAAUUCUUCUCUUAUUCGGAUCUACAGAAACUUAUUUUAGAAGAAUAUGGUGAGACCCACUACCACGCCUAUGAAAAACCUCUAGUGUAUUUCCAAGUGCUGACCUUGACUGGGCAAUUCGAACCAGCCAUCGAAUUCCUGUCAAGGAUUCCAAGGUAUCAAGUACAUGGUGUUCAUAUGGCAAUGGCAUUACAUGACGUCUACAUGCUAGGCACUCCACGAAAUGUCCAAGCACCCUUGUUAUCGGUGGACACUGAUGAUCCCACUCCACUUCGACGUCUUAACUUGGCACGUCUGCUGCUUCUCUACGUCAGAAAGUUUGAAUUAACUGACCCAUCUGAAGCUCUACAUUACUACUUCUUUUUGAGAAACCUGAAGGAUCCGAGCGGCAAGAACCUUUUCAUGUGUUGUUGCACUGACUUGGCGUUGGAGAGUCGUGAUUACGAGUUAUUGUUCGGUCGCGUGGACGCGCUGACCGGCCUGCGAUCAUCCGGGCUACUGGACCAGUUCAAUAAUCCGCAUAUCGACACUAAGGUUAUAGCAUUGUACGUUGCUGAACAAUUAGUAAAUAAAGGUUUAUUCGAGGAUGCCAUUACAAUGUACGACAUCGCCGGGAAUUUGGAGAAAGUUCUGGAGCUGUUCUGCGUGCUAUUGGCGCAAGUGGUGGGCAGUGGCGGGGGCGGAGCCUCAGGGCUUCGGCAGCGGCUCUCGUUGCUCGCGGACCACGUGUCGCGGCGACUGCGGGCCGAUUCCACGGCCCUGCCCGCUGCACUGGUGGAGGCCUACACGAAACUAUGCAAACUGAUGACGUUCUUCGAUCGAUUCCACUCUGAGAACUACGAUGGAGCGCUCGAGACGUUACGCGAGUGCGAGUUGGUGCCGUUGAGCGCGAGCGAGUUGGAGGCGCGCGUGAGUGGCGCGCGGCAGAUGCGCGGCGAGCUGCUGCGUACACUGCCGCCGGUGCUGCGGGCGCUGUGCACUAUACUACUGGCGCAGCGAGCCAGGCUGCGGGCCGCGCCGCAACACCACAACAACAAGCAAGUUGAGUGGCUUCGUGAGCAGGCAGAAGUGCUCAACACAUUUGCUGGCAACAUUACAUACAGAAUGCCCGGAGAUACCUACAGCCAAUUAGCACAGAUGCAAAUACUAAUGCAUUAAUAUUAAAUUUAUUAUUAAAAAAGUUUUUUUUUUAUUUUAGACGACAUUAACCCAUAACCCAUCAGGUUUCUUCAGUUUCAUAAUAAGUACUAGUACAGCACUCCACUGCAAAAUAUGAAUAUAAAAAGACAAUAAAUUGGACUAUAAUUUUUAUUUGUUUACAAUAAAUUACAUUAUAUCAAUAUUAAAUGAAUAUUACGAG